CUAAGCUACCAACACUUACUUCGAUAAAUCAAGAAUCAUUUCAACAAGUAGAACUAUCUGAAAAUAUAAAUAAGGCAAUAGUAUUUAAACCUUAUAAACCUAAAAAAUCUAGUGUUGAAUUACAAAAUCCUAAA